CGAAACAAACACCUCCUCGCGGCUAGCAGCAGAGCGCGGCGCUCUCGUUUACUUGCCUUCCUGCCCGUAGGGAUUCUAUUAUUCUCACUCUCACCUCAGGGAAGGGCGCUUGGCCGGAGUGGCGCUGAGGCAGCUCCCCGUGGAAGGAGACUGUCUGUGAGGAGAGAAGUCGUCCUGCGCCUUGGCUGAAACUGAGCAACAAAGAGCCUUGUUCUCUUACCGCGGGUAUAAACUUGACAGAAGUGCAUUGCUGAAAAUCAAGAUGGCAUCAGACUCGAGGCCACCUCCAUAUUAUGAAAAUUAUGCUUAUCAGUCAGAAAACCUUGCUGCUCCCAGUCUUGCGAGUGGCUUUUAUGUGGGCAGACGAUAUAUGUCUCCAUACUAUCCUUCAACAGUACCACAUUAUGUCCCGAGAGUUUGCACUCAACCCUCAGCUCCAGCAACUACAAUAGCGCAUCCCAUUUCUUCACCUAGAAAAUUCUGUACAGCAAGAAUUAGGAGAGCUCUGUGCCUCAGUCUGUCGAUUAUAAUUCUGCUAUUGGGAGCUACAAUUGCAGGCAUCUUAAUUUGGUACUUUGUGACAGACAGUUGUUUUGGAUCCAAAAUACGGUGCGGCACUCUAGCAGUGUGUGUGUCACCAUCUCAGUGGUGUGAUGGAGUAAAUGAUUGCCCUAAUGGUGAAGAUGAAAAUCGCUGUGUUAGACUCUAUGGAUCAAGAUUUCUUCUGGAAGUUUACUCAUCGGAAAGCAAAGAUUGGUACCCUGUAUGCUAUGAUGACUGGAAUGAUGACUAUGGGAAGACUGCCUGUGUAGACAUGGGAUAUAAUAAGGACACGUAUUUCAGCAGCAAGGCAACAAAACUUACUUCUUCAUUUACAACCUUUAUGAGGCUGAAUACAAGUGCUGAUGAUACAGACUUAUACAAGAAACUGUAUAACAGCAAGCAGUGUUCAUCAGGAAGUGUGGUCUCUUUAAGAUGCAUACAAUGUGGCUUGUCAAGUAAAAACUCAAAUCCUCGAAACAGAAUUGUGGGUGGAAAUUUGGCUGCACUUGGGGAGUGGCCAUGGCAAGUCAGUCUUCAUAUCCAAGGAACCCAUCUAUGUGGUGGGUCCAUUAUCACUCCUGAAUGGAUUGUUACAGCAGCUCACUGUGUAGAAGGGUCAUAUUCUCAGCCAUUUUACUGGAGAGUUUAUGCUGGAAUUCUGUUGCAGCAGGAAAUGCUUCGACCAAAGGGACACAGAGUAGCCAAAAUAAUCUCUCAUCCGAACUAUGAUUCAGAGACUAAAAACAAUGAUGUUGCUCUUAUGAAGUUGCAGUCUCCUCUAAAGUUUGAUGAAGCUAUUGAGCCGGUUUGUUUGCCCAACCCAGGAAUGAUAUUUCAGCCUGCAGAACGCUGUUGGAUAUCUGGAUGGGGAGCACAACGCCAAGGAGGGAAUACCUCAAAGGAACUCUAUGCUGCAAUUGUACCUCUGAUAGAAUCCUCUAGAUGUAAUACCAGACAUGUUUAUAACGGACAUGUUCUAUCUACUAUGAUUUGUGCUGGAUAUCUAGAAGGAAAAGUGGAUUCUUGUCAGGGCGACAGUGGUGGUCCGCUGGUAACUGAGAAACAUGCCCUCUGGUGGUUAGUAGGUGACACAAGUUGGGGAACAGGCUGUGCUAGUGUAAAUAAACCUGGAGUGUAUGGUAAUAUGACUCAGUUCACAGACUGGAUUUACAGAAAUAUGCAGGCAAACAGAUGAUGGUGGUGUUCUCUCCUGCAUCCCUUCCAUGGAAUGAACGAUUUUUUCCAUUAGUGGUGGAUGUUCUUGAUCUCUGUAAUUGACUUUAAUAAGUGUCUUUUUAAAAAGAAUUCUAGGUCCUCAACACUUCAGAUGGAAUAUAACCUGAAUGUUUGCAAACUGGUAGCAUUUGCACUGACAUCCAGCUUAAUAAAGGUUUCAUGGAAACCUCUCUUCUUAAUGCAGUGCCUCAGAUGGCUAACAAACUUUUAAUCAAACUAAUUAUUGAACUUUCUUUCAUUUCUGAGAAUUGCCAGCCAGGUUUUUUUUAAAAAAAAUCUAAGUUAUAAUAAUCACAUUUGUAAAUUGCCAUUUUCUAUUACUGUAUUAGAAUACAAGAUUGCUUGUUUUCAUGAUGUUAUUUAAUGUUUUGUAUAUCCAUAAUAUAAGUGUCUGGGCUGCUGGCUAGUCCAGGAUUUCAGGGGUGGUGGAAAAACCACAUGUGAAUGCAUGGACAUGACGUGUGAGGAUUCUUCUCCAAAGUACUACUAAGAGAAGGAAAAUUCAUCAUAUGUAUUCAAAUAUCUAAAAUUCCUCACUCACGUUACAGGUGUAAUGUUGAUUCUGAGAUCAAAUAUAUAUUCAGUUUGAAUGGGACUUCCCCUUCUGUGAUGUUUUUAAAAUCAAAAUUAGAGUGUGGCUCACAAAAUGAGAAAGACCAUGAACUUUGUUUUGUGAUGUUGUUGAACAGAGUAUUCCAGAAUUGUGUUGUAUCUGCAUAAGUAAGUUACUAGCAUUCAAAAGGCUGGAAUAACAGUUGUCUGGCUUGUAUUCGAUGCAUCUUCAGGCAAAGGAAGCAGCAAAUAAUGAAGAAUUCCUGGCUUCACCAACUGUGCUGUGGAAAGUAAUACCCAUUUAAUCAUGUAACUACCUCAUUUUAUAAGACUCUGAUAAUUGUGUUGAGCAGAAAAAAUUCUUAAUCUUGUUUUUAAACUGAUAUAUUAAUAUAUGAGGUUUUUAAAAUGAAGGCAGAAAUAAAUUUGUCACUACAGACCUAGAAAAUCUGAAUACUACAAUAGCAACAAAUCUGUUUUGCUUUGAAUGUAAUGGACUGAAACAACAGACAGUGCUGCUACUGGAAUGUACUGUAAUGUUCAUUGUGGGGAGAGUUCUGCUUCAGAUUUGCAGAUAAAAUGUGUAUGUUCAAGUGCCAUUUAAAUGAUGACUUAAUUUUAAAG